AUGAAACCAGAAAACCAAACCCAUACAGCAGAAUUCCUCCUCCUGGGACUCUCAGAGGACCCAGAGCUGCAGCCCGUCCUCUUUGGACUGCUACUGUCCAUGUUUCUUGUCACCGUUGUUGGGAACCUGCUCAUCAUCCUGGCCGUCAGCUCUGACUCCCACCUCCACACCCCCAUGUACUUCUUCCUCUCCAACCUGUCCUUGGCUGACAUUGGCAGCACUUCCACUGUGGUUCCUAAGAUGCUGCUGAACAUCCAGACAGAAAGCAAAGCCAUCUCUUAUGCAGGCUGCCUCACUCAGGCAUAUUUUUUCAUGGUUUUUGUAUGUAUGGACAAUUUACUGCUGACCGUGAUGGCCUUUGAUCGCUAUGUGGCCAUCUGCCACCCCUUGCAUUACACGGUCAUCAUGAACCCCCGCCUCUGUGCCCUGCUGGUUCUGAUCUGUCUGCUCAUCAGCACUGUGGAUGCCCUGGUGCACACUCUGAUGUUGCUGCGUCUGUCUUUCUGCAAACAUCUGCAGAUCCCCCACUUCUUCUGUGAACUGACUCAGAUCAUCAGGAUGGCCUGUUCUGACACUCUCAUCAAUAACAUGGUUGAAUUUUUAGCAACCAUCUUCUUGGGUAUUGCUCCUCUCUUCGGGAUAAUUUUCUCUUAUGCUCAAAUUGUCUCCUCCAUCUUCAGAAUCCCAUCAACUGGUAGAAAGUAUAAAGCUUUUUCUACCUGUGGGUCUCACCUGUCAGUGGUUUCCUUGUUCUAUGGGACUUGUAUUGGGGUUUAUCUGAGUUCUGCUGUGACUGAUUCUCCCAGAAUGAGUGCCAUGGCCUCGGUGAUGUACACUGUGGUCACUCCCAUGCUGAACCCCUUCAUCUACAGCCUGAGGAAUAAGGACAUAAAGGGCGCCUUGAGAAAACUCACCUCCAAAGUUAACACUGCACCCACCAUGAUAUGCUGCUUGAAUGAUUCUCCCAGGAAGACUGCAGUGGCUUCAGUGAUGUGCACUGUGGUCACUCCUAUGCUGAACCCCUUCAUCUACAGCCUGAGCAACAAGGAUGUGAAGGGCGCCUUGAGAAAACUCAUUUAAGGAAUAUUUUCCUUUUGUGAUUCUGUCAACUGCCCUCAGUAUGGAACUUCUAGAAUGAGUCAAAGAGGAUGAAAUGUUGGCUGCACCAGAAAUCCUGACUUUUCUUUUUCUUUUAUUUUUCAGUACUAGAGAUUGACUCCAGGUGUGCUCUACCACCAAGCUAU